AUGGAACCCUUGAAGGUGCGCCUCAAAGGCCAUCCUUCGACGUCAUCGUCUGCCACUCCGGACCCGACCACCAACUCUUCCGGCUCACCUCAAGCACUCGGACCGGGCCCUUCAGCUCCGACAGAAGCUCCGUCCACCUCGAAGUCUUACACCCCUCCAGUCCUGCCUCCGAACUUGGCUUUGGAGCCGAACAUGUAUGAAGAUGCGUACUAUGUCCCCAAAGAGUACAGGUCCAUGUCCUAUGAAGACAUGUCUAAUAUGGGGCUCGGUUAA